CCUUCAUACAAAACAAAAUCUUUGUUGGACAUUUACAAAAGAAAACACAUCCACUUAAAAUUCUCCUGCUUUUGUGUGAAAAUCCUUAAUCCUUGUUAUGACAACCUUCAAUAGAAGUGAGAGAAAAAUAAAAUAAAAUUUUUUAGUCAUUAUGGCUUAAUUUCCAUACAAAGUAAAAAAAAUUCCUUGUAAUUUCAUCUAUAUUCUCUUCUUUAACUUUUUUUUCUUCUUUGUUUCUUCAUGUAUAAUUUCACCUCUAACAAACACAAGAUGAUCAUCAAAUCAACCCAUCCAAAAAACCCAAAAUCAUUUUAAAAAAAUUUUAUUUUUUAACAAAAAAAACCCAUAUUAUUUAUUUCUUUUGAUAAAUUUCAAGAAAAAUGCCUAAGAAAUAUAUCCCCCAUUUCUUAACGAUCAUUACCCUACUUUUAAUCACAAAUUACUUAAGCUUGGGUAUGAAUAUAACAAAUUCAUCAAUCAUUGAAGAAGAAAGGCCAAGAAGAUUAAAACAUAAAAUAAAAAAAGACAUAAAUAGAUACAUGGGAAUAUCAGAAAGAUUAAAAUUAAGAUCAAAAACAAGAAAAUUAAUAGAUGAAGAAGAAAUCCCAAUAGAAGAAAGACAAGAACCGAUGAAAAGUAUAAUAGAUGGAGCAGUAAAAUUACCGAUGUAUGCAGCAGCAGAAUAUGAAAUGGGAGAAUAUGUUGUUGAUAUUGAGGUUGGAAAUCCUCCAACAAAACUUCAUUUAGUUGUUGAUACUGCUAGUGAUCUUACUUGGGUUAAAUGUAAAAGGCAUAAUUCUGGGAUUCUUGAUGAGAAGAAUGUUCUAGAUGUUGAUAAUUCAUUGACUUAUCAACCUAUUUCUUGUGAUCAUUCUCUUUGUAAAGAAGAUUUUGCCCCUCUUUCUGCUCUUGAUGAUUGCCCUACUACCAAUUCUCCUUGCAUGUAUAAUUACAGUUAUGGAGACGCGGGUUUAUCGACAUACGGUAUGUUUGGCAAAGAAAUGAUAACACUUCCUACAAACACAGGGAAACCAGUAAUACUAGAAAAUCUGUUAGUAGGAUGCUCAGAAUCAUACACAGAUAAAGACAGAAUGAAGAAAGCAGAUGGAGUAUUAGGACUUGGUAUUAAUCCAUAUUCAUUCUCAGUUCAUGCAGUUACUUUGCUUGGAGGAUGUUUUUCAUACUGCCUGGUUGAUCAUCUUAGUCCACUUAACAUAACAAAUUAUUUAAUAUUUGGAAAUUAUAGGGAGAAAUCUCCUACACAAGAUUAUAUGCGCUUUACAACAUUACAUGUGAGUGAAAGUGCACCUUAUUUCUGGGUUAAUGUUAAGGGAAUCUCUAUUGAUGAUAAGAUGUUGGAUAUUGAUCCUAUGGUUUGGGAUAGCAAUACUGAAGGUGGCACUAUUUUGGACUCUGGUACUGCUGCGACUUAUUGGUCGACUCCUGCAUACCGAACCAUCAUGGAUGUGUUAAUCCCAGUUCUCGAAAAGGAUUACCCUAAGCUACCAGAGGGUUUAGGAGACGGAAAACUCGAUUUCGAGUAUUGUUUUAACUCAACAAAAACACCAUUCAAACCAAAAAAGGUGCCAAGGUUAGGGAUUCACUUUAGGGAUGGGGCAAGAUUCAAACCCCUUGUUAAAAGUUACAUAGUAGAUGAUGGACCUGGUGUUAAUUGUAUUGGAUUUCUUGAGGCCCCUGCAGGAUUGAAUAUUAUUGGUAAUAUCAUGCAACAAAAUUACCUUUGGGAAUUUGAUCUUCAACAAAAUACUGUUGGGUUUGCUGCUUCUGUAUGCAAAUGAUGUUUUUUUUAUAAAAAAAAAAAUCAAUUGUAAUUAACUUUUGUAUUAUGUAAUUCACCAGUAUAUUGUACUUAUUGAUUAUCCUGAUAUGGUGCAUCAUCACAAUACAUGAAUUUUUAGUUAAAUGAUUGACUUCCCUAUGCCGACUGUUUUCUGAUUAAAUAUUGUUCGGUCGCCUGUUUCCGAUCAACAUUGGUCGCAAAUUGGUCGAAACAUUCAAUUUCAAAAAAGCUAAAUACCGGAUAGGAGUACGCCAAUAUCUCGAUAGGGAAUUAUAACUCCUUCUGAUUCAACACAUAACCAAAUAUCAUCAUAUAACCAAAUAUCAUCAUCAUACCCAAUAUACCCUGCAGAUAGGAAAACAACUCGGGGUCUGAGGAGAAAAGAAAGGCGACAACUCAUAUCCAUAAAAGAGAAUGCGAUUAAAGUCCCUCCCCUCAAAAAAGAUCUUUAAAGAGAGUGAAACUUCCCGAAAGCCUACAACUUACAACACACGUUUUCCAUUAACAAUAAUUAAAAAA